AUGCGGUUUAUUCGAUGCCAUGGCAAGGUGGAAUUGCACGACGGAGCUCGAGGCGGCACCGAAGUGCUUUACUGCAGGUCUAAAAUCUGUGUGUUUUCUCUCUCUUUCCCCGCAGGACCUCGAUGGGCCUCUUGGAAUCUCGGUGUGUUUAUUUGUAUCCGCUGUGCUGGAAUACACCGGAACCUGGGAGUGCAUAUAUCACGCGUUAAAUCCGUCAACCUGGACCAAUGGACCCCCGAGCAGAUACUAAGUGUGCAAAGCAUGGGCAACACCAAGGCAAGACAGCUGUAUGAAGCUCAUCUCCCAGAAAACUUCAGACGGCCACAAACUGACCAAGCUGUGGAGUUCUUCAUCAGGGACAAGUAUGAGAGGAAGAAGUACUACGAUAAAAACGCUGUCAAUGGAGCAAUUAAGUCCUCUGAUGCUGCUUUGCCCUCAGUAUCAUCCCCUUCUUCGCAAGCAGCUGAGAAAAGUAAACUGGAGAAGGAGAGAGAGAAGAAAAAGGAGGAGAAGAAGAGGGAAAAAGACACUGAUAAAGGGAACAAGCCAGCAGUUUUUGAGAAGAAAAGAGAGGACAACCAGACAGAUUCCAGAAUCAGUCCUAAGAAGAGUGCGGAGCCCGCCAUCGACCUGUUAGGCCUUGAUGCACCCACAGCCAGCUCUGCCAGCAGUGGGGCGGGAACAAGCAGUGCAGCUCCAAUCAGUGACGACUUAGACAUCUUUGGACCAAUGGUAUCCAACCCUCUGCCCUCAAACAUCAACACAAACCAGGUCAGUUCCAGUAAGGCAGCUGGUAGCGCUCAGGCCAGCUCCGCCGGAGGGGCUGUGGCAGGUGCUACGGGCACAGGAAGUGCUGCUCCACCACAGGGAGAUCUGGACCUGUUCAGCGAAACCAGCGGGAGCAGCAAAGCAGAGGACUCGGCCAAGAAACCUCUCUCCAAGGACUCU